UUUAGUCGCAGCGGCGAGCCGGGGGCGGGGCGCGAGGGAGCCGCUCAGUGCUUGCGCUGCGGGUGGAAGAGCGGAUGGAGGAGGCCUUGCCUUAGCGCGGCCUGGCUGCUCUCGAGCGGCGUGAGGAGGAGCCUUCCCUUCCGGUGCAAUAUGUUCAAGAGAAUGGCUGAGUUCGGGCCUGACUCUGGAGGGAGAGUAAAGGGUGUUACUAUUGUGAAGCCCAUAGUUUAUGGGAAUGUUGCACGCUAUUUUGGGAAGAAACGCGAAGAGGAUGGACACACACAUCAGUGGACCGUGUAUGUUAAACCCUAUAGAAAUGAGGAUAUGUCUGCCUAUGUAAAGAAAAUUCAGUUUAAGUUACAUGAAAGCUAUGGUAAUCCAUUAAGAGUGGUAACUAAACCACCAUAUGAAAUCACUGAAACCGGAUGGGGUGAAUUUGAAAUUAUCAUUAAAAUAUUUUUUAUUGAUCCUAAUGAGAGACCUGUGACUCUGUACCAUUUGUUGAAGUUGUUUCAGUCUGAUACUAAUGCAAUCCUGGGGAAGAAAACUGUAGUUUCUGAAUUCUAUGAUGAGAUGAUUUUUCAGGAUCCUACUGCAAUGAUGCAGCAACUCUUGACUACAUCUCGUCAAUUGACACUUGGUGCAUAUAAGCAUGAAACAGAAUUUGCCAAUGUAGAAGUAAAAACUCGGGAGAAGCUAGAAGCUGCCAAAAAGAAAACCAGUUUUGAGAUUGCUGAACUUAAAGAAAGAUUAAAAGCAAGUCGUGAAACUAUAAACUGCUUGAAAAAUGAAAUCAGGAAACUAGAAGAUGAUGAUCAGUCCAAAGAGAUAUGAUACCUGCAGUCCUUCUAAGGAAAUAAUCAUGGAACUAAUUAUGGGUCUUCAGAUUUUGUAGGGUCAACUGCAUAUUAUGGUUUUAGGCAUUUCUUUGCAAGGGGAGACCACUAUGUGCCAUUUGUUUUUAAGUAAUAUUUUCAUAGUUCAAAUGAAGGAUGUUUUAUCACUUAUUUUAAAUUAAACUAUUACCUCCAAACUGAAAAACUUAUUCUAAAGUGCAUCUGAGGUGAAAUGAAGAACAUAAACAUUCGUAUUAACUCUUCACUGUGCCAUAUAUGAAAUCUGGCCACAUGGUUGAUGUUCUGAUGUGAUGUUUAGUAAUAUUGUUUGUUUCAUGGGGUACUCAGCCAUUGACCUAGAUAAGUCUUUGGUGCAUAGGUAAGUAAAGUAACUGUUCUGUUCCAAGCAAAGUUACGUUCUUGGCUUCAAAAGACUUCGAUUUAAAUGGUGCUGUAAGUUUCAUGUAUCUGAAUCGUCUGAUAAAAGUGUCUGUGGACAAGGAAGAAUUGCUGUUGGAUUUACACAGGUUACGCUUGGCAAAUGAUAAAUCUUACAAUUUUUGUGCUAUGUGAAUUGCAUAUACUAGCCUUUUUAUUUGUUUUUUUAAUUCUGUGAAUAAAAGUAUUUUGGGAAUGAA